GCGGGUCCUCUCUCCCCGGAAACCUCAUCAUUAUUCCAACAGCCGGCUGCCGUCACUCGGACUAUGAAUAGUCAAUAACAAAUGAGCAGGCAGGAAAUGAAGUGUCAGACGAGUGGGCUUGACGCACUCUGAGAGGCGUGUGUGCCAUGAGGGCUGUGCGUGUGCCUCAGGUGGACGCGUGCCGCCGCCGCCGCCGCUUCCAUGGCUCCCUCUCCACCUCAUCGCCUCUGUGAACUCCUGCUCUUCAAACUGUCAAAGGAUUACUGCUAGUAUCGUUUAGGUGGUCUCAACAGCCCUGUGAGCAGCCUUUUGUGAGCAGUGUUGGGAACAGAGAGUCAUCGCAGAGGAUGUUCCUCUGGGCAGGAACCAAAGGAUCUCAGGGAUCAGGAGGUGAAAGAAGGACUAUUUAUCAGAAGAUCCGGGAGUACGACGUUCUGGACAAGAGGAAAACCGUCACCGCGCUGAAGGCUGGGGAGGACAGAGCGAUUCUCCUGGGACUCAGCAUGAUCAUUGUUUCCGUAAUGAUGUACUUUGUGGUUGGCAUUACCAUGGUGCGCUCCUACUCAGACAGCGUGUGGACGGAGGAAUCCAGCUGUACUGUGCUCAACUCCACUAUCGUGGGAGAGAUUAACUGUACCUAUAGCUGUGGUUCAGAGUGCUGGAAAAGUUCCAAGUAUCCCUGUCUACAGGUGUUUGUCAGUCUCAACACAUCCGGGAAGGUCGUCCGACUCUCCCACAAUGAGGAGGCUCAAGAUGCCAACCCAGAGUGCUUCUAUGUGCCCAAAUGUCGGAAGGACCACAAUGCAAUGCACACCGUCAUCAUGAACAUUUCGGAGCGCCUGAAAACACAGCAGCAGGUGAAGUGCUACAUGGACCCAGCGGAACAGCAGGACAGCGCUCUACUGACGAGCAUGUACGGUCGAGUGGCAAUGUUCCACUCACUCUUCUGGCCCACAUGCACGCUAGUUGGCGGAACCAUUAUCAUUGCAAUGGUGAAGCUCACCCAGUACCUGUCCAUAAUGUGCGAACAGGUGGGCAGAAUUAAAAGGUGAGAGAAAGUCCAGGCUACAGUAAGGCGCUGGUCUUCACGGGCAGCUUAGGAACCUUCCAGAAACACUCCAUGUUCAGAGUGACAGCCAGAGUGAAAGAGGAUCUGCGGAGCUCAUAUUCCCCACAUGACUCCACUGGUUCCUCAGAGGAAAGCAAUAGGCCUGAUUUGUGCUCCUGGCUACUAUGGCAUGGCCGGAGAAACCUGAUGACUUUGGGGCACACAGAUUCUUCCCGGGAUCCCUUUUCUGCACCUCUGCAAUUAUGCGAAGUGAUGGCUUUCGAGAAGUGGCCAAAAGUGGACUUGAUCUGCCCUUGAACCACUAGAAAGCUUUGGUGAGCCAUUCACACUGUGACGACAUGGCAGCGACGACAAGCAAUGUCAAAACUUUACCCCAAAAUACUGAUCCAAACUUGGCUGCUUGCGUUAUAAAUGUUGGAGGUUACACAACCACAGGGGGGGUAAGGCAAGUCCCCCAAACAAGGUGUUGAGGACAUAUGCUAUGCCCCUGUCUGUAGUGAAUAGUUUGAGAUGAACACUUCCUGGCAAUAUGAUGUAGCAGUAACACAUAUGACAAUAGGUGUUAAUUACUAUGACAAAUUAGUAUGAUGCAACUUCCCAGGGCAGGUCUUUUUUUAUAAAAUAUGCUUUAAUUUCUGACAACAAGCUGUCCACACUCUGGUAGAUUACAUAAGAUUCAGACCGGACUUUUCUCUGAGGACUUGAGGACACUAAGGCCAACUGCAUUUUCGGGGCCCUGAAGCACCACAUUUAAUUGAGAAGAUGCGCAAAUCUAUUUUGGAAGUGAAUCCUGGUGUAUUUUCACGCUAGUAUUUUACAGCAUGAAGAUUGAUUGCACAAAUUUAGACAAAGCUGGGAAAAAUAUUAUUGGUCUCACAUUAUUGGUCUCACAAUCACUACAAAUGACUGUUUUGUUGUCACAGUCAUCUCAUGUUUCCUUCAGCAGUUUAUUGUUGCCAGUAGCAUCCUACACUAUUGACCGUUUGACUAACUUUCUUACCAAUAAAUGCAAUCCAACAACA